AUGGAAUUAGGUACAGCUGAUCCCAAAAGAACUGACGAUAAUUUUAUUUUGAGCCUUACACAGAUUAAUCAGUAUAAUCAAAACUUGCAAAAUAAGCUUGAUGAAGCUCAUCUUAAAAAUAAUGAAGACCUGGAGGAAUUAAUUUUACCGUUAAUCUUCUUAAUUCAUGACCUUAGCUGGACCUUUUGUGAGAAGUUAAGGAAAGCUGCAGAAACUAUACAGAGCACAUUUCAUCUUUUAAAUGGACUUCAUAAAAAAAUCAAAGACUCUGUAAUUGAAGAGUCUAAUAGACUGCUACAGCUAAUCAGAGUAGAGAUAAAUGACAUCAAACAGAUGAGCUUUCAGGUUUUACUUGAUGAUACAGGAGAAGAUUGGGUUAAGAAAUUGCAGGGUCAGAAAGAAUUGGAUCAUAUACUGAAAUGUGGGUUUGAGUCAGGUAUGAUCAAUGAAAAUGAGCUUGAGUUUAUGACUACACCAUUUCCAGUAACUCUGGUGUUAUACGUGUUGCCUAAAGUGCACAAGACACUGACAAAGCCCCCUGGCAGACCAAUUGUGUCUGCCCGGGAUUCUUUGUGCUCUAAUGUGGCUAUCUUCAUAGACCAUCACCUGCAACCAGUUGUUAAGGAAUCAUACUCCUUCAUAUUAGACUCUUCAUCUCUUAUCAGGAAGUUACUCAGUUGGGAAACCCUAAAUCCUGGUGACCUAUUAGUUACUAUGGACGUUGACAGCCUGUACACCACCAUCCCACAUGGUGGUGGGAUACAGGCUCCUACUGAUAAAAACUCCUUACUGCUGUCCACAAGCUACCAUCCGGGACAUCAAAAAAGAGGAGUUGUCUCCUCUCAGCUCACACGAGUAGUACGCAAUAAUACACUGCCAGAGACAAGGAGGAUUCAAGAGGAAGAAAUGGUCAAUAAACUGGAACAGCGAGGUUAUGGAAGAAAAUUGAUAAAAAAGGUAUAUACCGAACUGGCGCAACAAGAUCAAAAGUCACUGCUUCUGCCUCAGGGUGUGAAGAAAAAUGUGGAAGAUGUAAGUGAUAACAUCAAUUUUGUAACAACGUUCAACCCCAUAUCCAAGUUUCUGGCAGAGUCGGUAAAAAAGAACUGGGAAAUUGUGAGCUCAGACAAGACUUUACCCUUUACACGUAUGAAAGCCCCACGGAUGGUAUACAAAAGAGCACCCAAUCUGAAGGAUAUUUUGGUCCACAAUGACCCAACAAAGUGUUAUGAGAAAGGGACAUGGUUGGAUGCAAAAAGGAAACUGGGAUGCUACAGGUGUGGGGACUGCACUACGUGUAAUAGUAUGUUGACUGGGAUGUACUUCCAUCACCCACACACUGGGAGGAAGUAUAAGAUUCUACAUAGGCUGUCGUGCCUUAGUACCUACGUGAUCUAUGUAUUGAUGUGUCCAUGUUCCCUGAUGUACGUGGGGAAAACAUCGACCACCUUCCAUGAGAGGAUGGCUAAUCAUCACCAUGCGAUUAGGCUAGCGAUUGAGAAACGAGAGUUGGAUCAACCAGUGGCUCGACAUUUUAUCCAGGCAGGACACACAGCUGCAACCCAGACAGAUUAUCUUAUUGCAAUUAAAGAAAUACUCGGUGAUACUGAAAAACAUCUAAAAUUCUCAGAGGAACAACUGAACAACAUCAGUACUCAAUAUAAGGAGAAAAGAGUUAAAGCUGAGGAAAUACAGAAUGUUACUAAAGUGGAAGAUGUUGAUGGAAUUCAAAUGACUAAUAGGAAUUCAGAGUUUGUGCAAGCAUUUGAACUUAACCACAACAUAUACCAAGAGGAAAGUAAUAACAAACAUUUGGAAUUUUAUGAUGAAAUCGAUAACACUCAACAAAUAAUGAAAGAUUGUUCUGAAAGAAAUACAAAUGAAGCCUUUCCUGUAGAAAAAAAAAAUGAGGAAAUAUCAAAUCACUUUGUAAGACAUAACAAAAAUGAAGAUGUAGAACUAAGACAUACAGAACCAACUGAACCACUUGUACAAAUAAAUAGUUCUCAUAACCAAGAAACAAAACCUGAGAACAAAUGUCAUAAAAAAAAGAAAAUGUCACUCUCUGGUGAACAAGAUCAAAUAAAAAUGUCUGGUUCAGAGGUUGCAGUCUAUGCACCAAGAUCAUUAAAUCUGUCUGUUGAACAAUUGGUGGAUUCAGGACACUGGCAAUAUAAGGAAUAUAUGUCACAAGUAGAAGAAGAAAAUGAGCCAAGGUUGGCAUGUUUUAUCAAAGCACCUUUACAUAUUUCAGAACAGCUGCAAUGCAGAUUUAGAGAUGACAUCAGUUCUUUAGUGGUGACCGAUUCAGAAGAACUUGUCAGCAGUGUUUUGGAUAUUUGGAGCACAAAUCCUGAUCUUAAAAUUCCAUUUCCCAUUAGCAUUGCAAUUCCAUUCAAUUCCCGUUACAGAGGAAAUUAUAAAGAUAUUAUGGUCAAAGCAAAUGAUGAGAAACUUCAAUCAAGUUAUUUAACACCAAUUUCUUUGGAAGGAAAUUAUGGAAAUCACAAGGGAAGCUUUGCAGAAGUAAAAGUAUACAAGCUUGGCAUGUAUUCAGUGGUGUCAUGUUUAAAGAAGGAACGUUUCACAGUCCUUAAAAAAGGGUUAUCACUCAAGCUCAAUAUGGAUCCAAGAAUAUCUUUUAUCUACCCUCCUAGUUGCUUCAGUUCUUCAGUAAUUGUGCAGUUUAAGGUGCAGCCAAUUGACACAUCAAUCAUUUCUUUAUUGAAAGUAAAACAUGACAUUUAUCAUUCAGUGGUGUCUAGCAGCCCUUUGGUCUAUGUCAAACACCCUUCAGUUCAUGUGUUCAAGAAAUAUGUCACAGUGCUCCUUCCAUGUCCUCCUAACCCAGAGAAAAAAAAGCAAACAGAAGACGGAGAAAAUAAAAGAGCAUCAACUGCUGCUGGCUCCAGAUCUACAGCUGCCCAGCAAAUUCGAUCUGCUAGUGCAUCUGUGAGGAAACAUGGAGAAAACCAAAGUGAAUUUUUGAAAUUGCUCGUAUAUAAAGAUGACCAAUGGAGUGUUUUAGAUGAAGUUAUUGUAAGAAAUGUGCAAAAUGGAAUUGUUUCAUUUGAAAUUAAUGAGCACCCACAAAGCUUCAUUGUGAUUCGUCUUUCAUCAGCUAUGGAAAAUGGACAUUUGAUUAGUUUAACAGAAAAAUUAGAAGAAGCUACUCACAGUACCAUGGUAAAUGUUGUCUUGUACAGAAAAAAAGACAAUCUACAAAAAGCAAUAGUAGAAAUGGUACCUUCCAAAGAGCUAACCUGGAUUAUACCCCGUCUGCGUGAAGAAGGGUACACUGGACCUCCUGAGCCAUCAGAACAAAUAUCCCUUCAAGAAGGAGAGCAACUUCAUUUCCGUUUUUGUGGAAACAUAACGGCAUCUGAUGGCAAAGAAUUUGGGAAAACUUUCAAACUUACAUUUCAUUCCCAAAGAAAAAGGAGAUUACAUCUUCAUCUACGUGUCGUUGAUGAAUUUGGUAAUCAUUCAUCACCUCUCUAUAAGGGCACUGUAGUAUUUCACAAGUUAUCACGACAAGACAUUGUGGCAAGAUAUAAAGGGGACUUCUCAGCUGAAAACUUUCUGACACAGCGUGCACCAAAUUGCAAGUUAGCAUUAACACUACCAAAGGUGGAAAAAAAUGUCAGCCGUCCCUCAAGUACUAAAGUAACAUCAAGUGAUGCUACAGAUAUUCUGUGGGACAAUUUGCUGCUCUGGAUGGCUAAAGAAUUAACUGAAGAAGAUGCAUCAUUGCUAGUGCUUUCGCUUCCUAUUCGCCGCAGUACUAUUCAGCUUGUCAAAUUAAAAAGCCCUGAUAACCUAAAGGAACAGAUAUAUGAACUGCUUAGCUUUUGGAAAAGAAGUCUACCCACAUCAGCUGACAAGUUACGCCUUUUAUCUCGCCAUUUGCGCAAAAUUGGAAGAAAUGACAUGUUAGAGAAACUUAACUUUAAAUUGGAGAGUAAAGUACUUAUGUCAGUAAUUCAACAAUAA